AUGGACCUAGCAAACAGUGUACUGUAUAUACAGCAAAGAUGAGCAGUUUUCGACCAGUUUCCACGGACGACACCGAGAGCAUGUCGGGCAAUAGUGUGCCAAAUUCGCCCAACCCAAAUACCCUUCACAAUACCAUGUCAGAGUCAUCAGACAACAGAUCUGAUCGAGAUAUGGACAGUCAACCCAACUCCCAGGUUGAAUUUUUUCCAAAGACAAGAACCCCGACAAGAACACCUAGUGGAGUACGCACAUCACGUUCGGGACGAUCAUCUGCAACACCUCUUGUCGCACGACUAUUUGCUGAAUAUGCAAAAUCAAAUCAGGAGCGACAGCACGGUAGCGAUGCCGGUUACUCUGAUAGCGACACCGAGAAAGUAGUUGAUGUGCCCUUUGGGAAGGAACUGACCUUGAAAGAGGGCAAAGCUUUGGAAUUUACAAAAUCUAGGGAACUUGCAAAGGAAGAGCUGCCGAAUCUCUACGCGGAUGUUGUCCAUCCGCGUUGGAAACGCGAGUUGAUGAGGAACUAUCUUCAGACUUUCCUGAUAACUUUGGUGACUGCAACAAUUGCGUAUAUGAUUAUCAUUACCAUCAGUAAACUUCCAUGGCAAUCCGACGAAUUUAGGCAGUCAACGUAUUCGUCCAGUCUAUCAGAACCUUACUUUAAAUCCCCCCUCUAUGCGGUCCUGGCCGCGCUUACAUUUAUAACCUCCCUUGUCGGCUUUGUUGCGGUCCAGUUUUGGAGUAUGUUUGGUUGGGAAAGAUGGAAAACAUCAGGCAUCGGCUGGGUUUCACUAGUGAUGUCGCUUUUUGUGGUCGGUGGAAUGAUGGGACUGUGGCAGAGUCGUUUGACUUACUGGUGGUGGUACGGAGAUGCCUUUAUCCUUGCCAUUACUUACACAACAAUGUGCUUUGCCUUUGGCGUUCUUGGUUACGUUCAAGCAAACGACAGCACCAAGCUUCGCCUGCGCGAGCGCUUCAAAGAAGGUGUACUUUUCACGAUUGCAGAGCUUAUCGUUGCCGUUGCGUCUCUGAUUUAUGGACUGUGGAUGAUGCCCGUCUAUAGCCACCUUUCUCUGCCGGCGAAGAUGGCAUGGCGUGCUCUCGUUCAUCCGGCGUACUUUGAGUUCUUGGUCAUGGUACCCACCCGCAUGCUAAUCGAGCAUCGCGCGAAGCGUCAGUCUGGGUCGCUGAACGCUCUGCAAGCAUUGACAAUGGUGCAUGCACAGAGUCAUAUUUUAACCAUGUCCACCGCCAUGCUGUCAGAGUUGGGUGGAUUCAAGGAAACUUUACUAGGGGUGUUCCUAAUGCACGGAGAGCGUUAUAUUUUGAGGUCAACGGUAAUCAUUCGCGAUCAUGCCGUUCGGAGGCUAUUCAGAUUCAAAUCCAACGAUAACUUGGAAAAGUACCUACUGGCCAUGGAAAUGUGGAUAGAAAUCAUAAUGGACAAUAGCGCAACACUAUUUGCCCCUUACAUGGCUUUGGCCUUCCUACCGUUAAAGGACACAUUCACCUUUCAUUAUGAAGGAGUUGUUCACGAGGUCACCACUCAGACGGUAAUUCAAAAGAUCUUUAUCCAAUUGACACUUGGGAUCUCCUACGACCUGGUGUUUCUUUUAACAAACACAACACGUCUGCAGCGCCUCCCGUUCUUGAGAACAUGGCGCGACAUCAUGGUUCAUCGGAGAAGGUUUACAACAUUCUUGGUUUAUUCGAUGAACACUAUGGGAUUGCUGCUACUUUUGUGGAUGUUUAUCCGAGUACCUCGGGCAGUGAUGUGCGAAUCUGCAGAUCCAUGUUCUUGUUUCGUGAACCAUCCAGAAUGCCGUGGAAGCUCGUAGGCUUAAUCUAGCUAAUAUCUAGCGUCGCUGAAAGUUGGUAGAUGGUGAAGGAAUCAGGCAUCAGUGUAGUAUUUACAUGGUACAAAUUGUAGCUCUCUCCCUUUGUGUUUGUCGUGUCGGUCAUUGUCAUUCCUCGGGUUCAGUGCCCA